CGCACGGACCCGCAGCCCCCGCCGGCCCGGCCGGGUCGGGCGGCCCAGGGCCGCACCUUCUAUUUCUCCCCGGCCACAGCUUGCCCGUCACAGUUGAGCACCUGUUUGCCUGAAGUUAAUUUCCAGAAGCAGCAGUCCCCAGAGCUGGCCAGGGGAUGAACCGUGAGGGGACUCCCGGGAAGAGUCCGGAGGAGAUGUACAUUCAGCAGAAGGUCCGGGUGCUGCUCAUGCUGAGGAAGAUGGGAUCAAACCUGACGGCCAGCGAGGAGGAGUUCCUGCGCACCUACGCCGGCGUGGUCAGCAGCCAGCUCAGCCAGCUGCCACAGCACUCCAUCGACCAGGGUGCAGAGGACGUGGUGAUGGCGUUUUCCAGGUCGGAAACAGAGGACCGGAGGCAGUAGCUACGACUCCCUCGGGACAUCCUGAAAGCUGGCGAGGGCCAAGAGAUCCGUGUGGACCUCGUCUGGCUGAGUGGCAGCAGGUCACCUUCCCCACCCCUACACCCACCCACCCGCGCCACUCAGCGGGGCUGGCAUCGAGGGAAACACCAGUGGUGCAGUUAUGAUUGGCUUAAAGGGACAGACUCAUGAUUGGCUGCAGGAAGAAACCUUUUUAUUUUUAAAUCUUGACCAACAGAAACCUUUUAUUUUUAUUUCUGACUUUUUUUUUUUUUUAAUUAUUUUUAAAUUUGCUCCACGGGUGUAUGGCUUCCCAGGAAGCUCCCCGAGCUCUGGUGCUUUAUUUAGGUCACUUUUUAGGAACGUGAAGAGGUCCGAUUGGCUGCUCAAACUGGAAAAGGAUUUUGAUUGGCUGGCUGAUGGAAAACGGUUUUUCUUUUUUCUUUGAAUGGCUGCAGGUGUUCUGCUGAUAGCAACAGCUUCUCUCUUUUGAAUGCUGAAAACAGGGUUUGGGACAUUGGUUGUUAUAUUUGACUUGAAAAAAAAAAAAGAAAGAAACCAAGUGCGCUUUGCAAUAUUUAUGACACAGCUUGCUGCUUUCGCGUGUUUUGUUUGUGUUUGCACUUGAUUGUUAUUUGGUUUCCCGCUGGCUCACCCCUGACUCCCGUUGCCAAGGCCUCCCCCUACUCUGCUGCACGCAGUCCUUCUGCAGCCUGGGUCCACCUGGAAAGUGCAUUUGCUUUAGUGACCACACCUGGCUCCACCAGCAAGGGGACCGAGAGGUCCCUAAGCAGGAUCCACAGCUGAAAAAUGAGGCCCCCAGCAGGUUUGUGUUGUCCUGAAGGAGCAGCCCAGAGGUGAGUGGUGACCGACCAUCAGCCAGGAUUUAUGUGCCUCGCUUCCAGGAGUUGGCAGCCAGCCCGCCCCCCUGGACGAUACUGGAAUUGCUCCACUGGCCGGCCCCUUGGCCUGCCCGGACCGAGCAGAGGCGCGCUGUGCUGGGCAGCUCUGUCCUUUGCACCCCUCCGUACUCACUUCCUGAGGCCUCAGCUGGGGACUGCCCCUGUACAGCGCAGGAGCUGCUCCCCCAGUUAUGGGACCCCGCAACGCAGCACAGGUCUCUGCCUGGGAGUCCAGAACCCACACAAAGACCCCCAGCUUGGCCCACAAAGCCUGCGAGUCCUUUGGCUCCAAACACCCACCCAGACCUCGCCCAGCCAGGCUCCCAGGGUGUCUGCCGCUGGGACAGUAGGUUCCGACCAGCGCUCCGGGUGCUGUCAUCUGGGCCUGUGCGUCUGUCUGUGUCAGCCUGGGACGAACAGCGUCGGUGUUUAUUUAUGAAGCGCUUCACUGAGCAAGGCCCCCCAGGCUGGUCCUCAACCCCUGCCCCAGAAACACAUUGCAGAGCCCCAGUCUUCGAAUGGCUGGGAGCACCCCAAGUCUUCCCACCUGCCCUCCCCCUCCCCCAGGAGGCAGCCUGCCCUCUCCCCUCAUCUGUCCCAGGAGUGGCUUCCGGAUGAGGAGGCCGAGGAAGAUGCAGACCUCAGGGAGGGGAAGCCUCCACCCUCUCCCGAAAGUAAAGCCCGUUCUUGCCCCUGCAGAGCUGGGAGAAGACUCUCAGCCGUUCCCUCUUCUUAGGGCGUGGGGCCGGCGUGGAGUGCAGGAGCCUGGAGAGCCCCACGGUCAGGGGACGUCCACGCUGUGCUGAGUCUGACCCCAGGAGGAGGACUUGAGUGUCACCUGAGCGCCGUGUCUUCCUCCGCGCACGGCCCUUGGCCCUGGUUUGCUGACUGUUCACUGCAAAGACUGUUGAUCCCCAGGGAACAGGGACUGUGGGGACCCCAGCGGGGGCCUCAGAGCAUCUUCCUCCCAAGGGGUGGGGCGGCAGUGUGUGUGCAUGUGUGAGCACACGUGCACACCCACCCACACUCACAAGCACACUCACUCGGCUCAGUGGCC